AUGACACAAAACGGCCAUGCCGCGUCGCCGGCGCCUGGUCGCGCCCUCCCCGACAUCUGCUUCACCCUGCGCCGCAAAAUCGCCGCCCUGCUCGAGCACCCCGACAAAGCCCUCGCCAGCCUGCAGAAGCAGAUCCGCGCCUCCGUCGCCCUCGUAGACGACGCCUUGCGCCGCUACGCCCCCGACGAGCUCUCGCUCUCCUACAACGGCGGCAAGGACUGCCUCGUCCUGCUCAUCCUCAUCCUCGCCUGCCUGCCCGCGACGCGCGCACCCGCCGCCGCCGCCGCCGCCGCCGCCGUUGACCCCCGUCCCGCCACCAUACAGGCCAUCUACAUCGCCCCGCCGGAUCCCUUCCCCGAGGUCGAGGACUUUGUCGCCUCCACCACCGCCGAGUACCGCCUCGACCUGGCGCGCUACGCCCUCCCCAUGCGCCAGGCCCUCGAGGCCUACCGCGCCGACAAGCCCUCCGUGCGGGCCAUCUUCAUGGGCACGCGGCGCACCGAUCCCCACAGCGAGUCCCUGGCCGGCUUCGCCCCGACCGACGCCUCCUGGCCGCAGUACAUGCGGGUCAACCCCAUCCUCGACUGGCGCUACGCCGACAUUUGGGCCUUCAUCCUGCGCCUCGACAUUCCCUUCUGCAGCCUCUACCAGCAAGGGUACUCGUCCCUGGGCGGCGUGGGAAACACCAGGCCCAACCCUGCGCUUGCCGUCGAUGCCGAGGGGACCCGGUUCAAGCCCGCGUACGAGCUGCUGAGGGACGACGAGGAACGGCUGGGCCGUGACGUGUGA